AUGGGAGAUGCCCAGAUUUCAGCCUCGUCCUCUCGGUCCCUGCCACACCAACGUUACCCACCCAUUGGCGAUGUCGACGAAUGUCUCGGCCUAGUCAAAACUGCGUUGGACAUCCUCGAUAACCCUGAGAGCGUCGACGAUAUUAAGUACGGCAAUUUUGACAGGCAACAACAAGAAAUUUAUGACAGUCUCAAAGAACUUUCAGAGUAUUUGGCAAAUGAAGCCAAUGGAAUGGUACCGCUCAUUCCCGCGGAUUGCUCGGAGCGGCCGGAGAAGACAUCGGGCGUGUACACCAUCUACCCCAGCGGCGCUGCCGUCCAAGUUUACUGCGACCAGACGACGGACGGCGGCGGCUGGACGGUCUUCCUGCGGCGCCAGAAGCAGGAGCCUCAACUCAACUUCAGUCGAACCUUCAAGGAAUACGAAGAAGGAUUCGGCAGUCCCACUGGCGAAUACUGGCUGGGUUUGAGAAACCUGCAUCUCCUGACGUCUAGAAAGCUGGAGUUAAAGGCGGUGAUCGUCCGAGGAGCAGAGAGCACCAGCAGCCACUACCUCUAUUUUGAGUGA